AUUUCCCUCAUACAGUUACAUGACACAGAGGGAAGCACGUUACUCUGGGAACAGAAUAGUGUGUACUAUAACUAUGCCAAAGGUGAAGACCAUGAUACAAUGACGAUUCAUAACACAUUGGAUAAUGAGGUGGAAAUAGAACCGUUUAUCAAGCAGUUAACCGUUACUAUGGAUGGAUGUAUCAUCGUUCUGUCAUCUCACAAUGUACUCUACACAUCACAAUAUCACCAGAAAGUUCUCAUUAAACACUCUUCGCUAGCAGUGCCUGACAAUGAUCUGGCUAUUUAUACCAACUUCGUUGAUCAGAUUUAUAUUUUGCAACUCGAUGGAAAUGAGGCAGAAAGGACAAGCUAUUCGUUGAAAGCUGACAUGGGAAGCAUUGUAAACCAGCUGGAGCAUACUGAAUGUAUGUAUUUCCAGUUUAAAGAGGGCCCACAGUAUGAGGUUUAUUAUGUGGAUCUGAGAGAUUCGGCAAUCAUCUGGGCACAACUUGUAUAUUCAGCUGACAGAUACAAUGAUAUCGAGACGGUGAUCAAUCGACCUGACAAACUUAUCGUUGAAGAGCAAGUGAUGACUGAUUUCAAUCCAGGGAGUAAAUUGAUCAAGAAGAUUUUUAGAGUGCGAAGUAAUUUCUUGUUUGAAGAGGGCAGAAGAUAUGAAGAAGCCUUGGCUUUAGCUACAGGACUGGUUACCAUAGAGAUGAGACCAAGAAGAUUGGGUAUAGGAUGCCACUCUCCUUCCAAAAUGGUAUCUGAGCUUGAGAUAGGCUGCCCGCCUCAUAGACACAUCAGAGUACAUAAACCAACCGAAUGCCAAGAUUAUGGCUCAUAUAUCAUCAACAGGAGAUCCUACGUCCAAGAGAAUGAUGAACCACCUGCAACUGAGAUGGUUGUGGAAUAUGACAAACAGUUGUAUGGAUGCCCUAUAAUUCUGACAGUUAAGGAUGUAUUCAAACCAGAAAUUGAUUUAUAUGAUGAAGACGUGUUUGUAGAAUCAAUGACAGCUGGUUUUGUGAUGUGGGAAGACAAUGGAAGACAUGACUUUACCUAUACAGCAUCCAUGCAAUCGGCUGGGUGUCUGCGAUUGGCACAGACAUGGGAGAAGAUGAAAGAAGGCGUCAGUGAUGAUCUUCCAGUUAAAGAUAUAUGGGGCCCUCAUAAUUAUAAGAGUUGCUUCCUAUACGAGGUAACAGAGACACGGUUGCUCCAUGACUCUUAUCAGAUCUUGAACCAGUCUGGUGAUAACAGUGUUAGAUGGCUCGCUACUGGUGAUGAUCAGCUUUAUCUCUUUUCACUACAUGUAGUAGACCCUUAUUACAGUUACUGUAGCUUGGAAGCUCGGGUAGCUGUGAUCGUAUCUGAUGAAAGCCUGGUUGAAGUAAGAGAGACACCACUCCUACGAAUCUCAUUAGGAACAUUUGCUGGGCUGACUGGAUCAAUCCUUAUAGCUACAUACUUCUAUUACAGACGUGGUCACAUACAUGAUCUUGCACAAGAUUUACAUCAUAAUUAUGGGGAAAAAGCAGAGCCAGAGGAAGACCAUGAACAAGGAGACAACAGUGAUGACUAAAAUUGCCUUUUUCAGAGUUCAGAAAAUGCCUAGGACAUCAAUGUUGUUAUUUCUCCCCCAUCUCUCUCCUAUAAUCCUCAGCUCUGAAAAGGAGUGUAACCUUUCUUUGAUCGCGUUGUACAUUCAUGAGCUCUCAUAAAAUACCAAUCAUUCACUCAUCAAGUUACACCAAUUUCUAUAAAGGAUCAACAUUUGUUAAAAGCUGAAUAAUCAUUUUUGAAGUUGAUUGUAAAAACAUCUUUCUCGUAUUCAAUACCAUGUUAUCUCUUUCUAGUUACUUGAUCUUACUUGAUAUCUCUCUGUCUGUCUUAAUAGCUGCCCCUCUCUAAUUUCUCUCUCUCUCUCUCUCUCUGUCUUUCCUAGCUACCUCCUCUCUGAUCUCUCUGUGUCUUCCCUAGCUGCACCUCUUUAAUCUUUCUCUUUCCAUCUGUCUUUCCUAGCUGCCCCAUUCUCACUCUUUCUCCUCUCUCUCUCUCUCUUUCCUAGCUGCCCAUCUCAGCUCUAUUUCUCCGUCUUCUCUAGCUGCCCCUAUCUAACAUCUCUCUCGUGUAAUUAGCGUUUUUAAUUCACAAUUCCCCAUGGUGUAUUAACUUUUCAGUACUCCUUGAAUCUCUACCAGCUCAUGAUUAGUCUACAGCUGUUAUCUGACAUGUGUGUAUAGUCCAUGUACUGCAUUCUAAAUUAGUAUUACAGUACUAAUGUGUAAAGGCAUCAUUAGAGUGUAGAAACAGAAUCUUGUGUAUAUCUUUCAAAGUUUUUAUUAUGUGAAUAAACAAAUUUUCCUAUUAUAAUUAACCAUUUGAUUGUCUUUGAUCUCCUUUUAAAAAAAAAAUUGAGGUAGACAAAUUUCCACACAAUAAAGCAA